AUGGGCUGGGCAGACCUUCCAACGAUUUCCGAGUCGCCUCUAGUCAAACAAGAGAUAUGGCAACAGGUCGAACAGCUGUUCUUCAUAGUUUUAUACGUGGUCUCAAGCUGGCCUCUGGGACCCCAAAGCCCCCAAAAAAUGUCGAAGGAGGACGACCUGGAGUGA